AGCCCGUUUCGGAAAGGAGCUACCUUUGAGAAGUGCCUGUUGGGCCAGAACUCCCUGCUUUGGUCUGAUCUUCUGCUUGCUAGGGUGGUCCUGUGCCUGUCGGGGAGUGGGCUGAGGACACAGCAGGGGGGCUGGGGUGGGGCUCUGUGCUGGUGCCCCCUGCGCACCCCUGCCCCCUACCCAGCUGACACCCGUUCCCUCUCUCUGCAGAACGGGCUUAUCACCCCCCCCACCCCCACCCCUCUCUCCACAGAAUGGGCUCAUGUCGGGGCUUAUGCAGAUGCUGCUGCUGAAGGUGUCUGCGCACAUCACCGAGCAGCUGGGCAUGGCUCCAGGUGGCGAGUUCAGGGAGGCCUUCAAGGAGGCCAGCAAGGUGCCUUUCUGCAAGUUCCACCUGGGUGACCGGCCCAUCCCCGUCACCUUCAAGAGGGCCAUUGCUGCGCUUUCCUUCUGGCAGAAAGUCAGGCUGGCUUGGGGCCUGUGCUUCCUGUCAGACCCCAUCAGCAAGGAUGACGUGGAGCGCUGCAAGCAGAAGGACCUGCUGGAGCAGAUGAUGGCCGAGAUGGUCGGGGAGUUCCCUGACCUGCACCGCACCAUCGUGUCCGAGCGCGACGUCUACCUGACCUACAUGCUGCGCCAGGCCGCCCGGCGCCUCGAGCUGCCUCGGGCCUCUGACGCUGAGCCCAGGAAGUGUGUCCCCUCCGUGGUUGUGGGCGUCGUGGGCAUGGGGCACGUGCCCGGCAUAGAGAAGAACUGGAGCACCGACCUCAACAUCCAGGAGAUCAUGACCGUGCCCCCGCCGUCCAUCUCCGGCAGAGUGUCUCGGCUGGCCGUCAAGGCCGCCUUCUUCGGCCUGCUGGGCUACAGCCUGUACUGGAUGGGCCGCCGCACCGCCAGCCUAGUCCUGUCGCUGCCCGCCGCGCAGUACUGCCUGCAGAGGGUGACUGAAGCACAGCACAAGUAGGAGGCUGCUCCCGCACGCUCAGGGGCCCCUGAGGAGCCAGUGCCCGAGGCACUUCCUGGAUGCCAGGCGCAUCCAAGCCCACCCGAGGCCCCUGCCACCCCCCAUGGGGGUCUGGGCCGGGCCUCACCUGCCCUCCCGGACCCAUUACCGCUCCCCCAGCCCACCCAAAUAAAGAAUUAUUUAACUGUCUCAGCUCAGGCCUCCCGCAGCCCCUCCCCUCCAACACUGCAGGGGCCGUUCACCGGCUUCUGGACAAGACGCCCAGCUCCGGGGGCGGGCAGGGGCUUGGAGAAGAGGCCGAGGUGUGUGCCCUCUUAGCCCUGGUGGCAGGCGGAGGACAAUGGCCACUGUCCCUACCUCACUGUGCCUUCCUGUGCUCUGGCCCUGGGAGCGUCCUGCCAGGGGCAGCUCCUGGGAGCUCCCUAGCAGGCGAGAACUGGGAAAGGCCUGGCCCUCGAGCUCCAGCCGACCCCACCAUGCCGCUGGCAUCCUGGGCCUGGCUGCCACCUCCCUGACGCCGUCUCCCAGCAGGGAUUCUGUGUUUUUGGCUUUUUUAAUGUUUCAAAAUCUUUUACUCAGGUAAUUUUAACUUCAAAGAGAAAAACUGAAGUAAAUGUCAAAAAAACACCAGCCUUAAAUCCGGGGGACAGAAUUUGUGUUCUUGGGUCUGUCCCGAGUGGGCCUGUGUGCAGCUGAACAUCAGCUCUGGGCCCAGGCGGGGCCUCAGCUGGGAGCCUGUGUCCUGAGUCCCCCGGAGUGAGGGGGUGCCCAGGGGCGUCCUGGCCCUCUGUGGACACUGUGUGUGCCUGGCUCCUGCCAGGCCUGCCCCCUCAGGCCUCCUGCCCGGUGGCCACCUGUGUGCUGGGAGUCCCUCCUGGUUGUGCUGCACGUAGCCCGUGCAGCCUCAGCCUGGACCCCGGCGAUCUCUGAUUGUGUCUGCUGACUCAAUGUUGAAUCAAAUCAGGUGUGCGUAAGGAGCUGGCUGUGUCCUUCCUGCCACACUCGGGGAUUCGUUCCAUAGAAACUGAAAUAAAUUCUAAUUUUGGAAA